AUGACAGGCGCUAUCGACCUGAUAUGGACAGUCUACUCCGUCGUCUUCCCAAAGGCCGUGAAGGAUGAAAACGAUACACCCAUAAAUUUCUCGAAGAAAGCCACUUCCGAAGCCCUAGCAGACGAAGUUCAAAGCCGAAUGUGCGCCAAUAAUUUUCAGAAGAGAUCGAUUAAAACAAAUCGCAAAAUGGUGACGGCAGAUGAGGGAGGUUUUCACUGUACGCAU